GGUUACGUGCGUUUUAUCAGCGAUAAACAGUCCCGCAAAUCUUCCCUUCAGAAAAUCCAGACACGAGAGGCUAGGAUUUACCGCGAAGCACCUUUAUUAUUUACCACCUUUACUCUGGAGCAGAUAAGAUUGCGUCAACAGUCAGGGAGAGAGAGAGUAUGUGUGUGUGUGUGUGUGUGAGAGAGAGAGGGAGAGAGAGAGAGAGAGAAAGAGUGUGUGAGAGAAAGAAUGUGUGUGUGUGUGUGAGAGAGAGAGAGAGAGAGAGAGAGAGUGUUUGUGUGUGUGUGUGUGUGAGAGAGAGAGAGAGAGAGAGAGAGAGAGAGACGCAUGGUGGCAGCUGUAAUCUUUAGUACGGCUCUCACUCUAGGGAACUUUCUGAAGCUGGAUCUGUGCUCGUUCUUCCUCUUCGGCUGUUAGUAGAAGAGCACAGCGCUGUUUUCACAGGUUCCGAUGCCGAAGCUGAAGGAAACACAUCUAGCAUCCACCGGCACUGGAGCGCGUGACCGCUUGCGGAAUGUGUGAAUCCUCUAACACUUUUUUUUUUCUUCUAUCUGCGUGCUUUUCAAGCCAGCAUGGUUGACCGCAGACACCUGUGAGUGAAGAUGAGGAGGGCCUUGUGGCUGGUGAGGAGUUUGGAGAUUGGAAUUGUCCUGCUAUCUAUCAUCCUCCCUUACAUCAGGGCUCAGGGAGCAGAAGAGUGUAAGCUGUAUCGAACUGGACCCCCUGCCACUAUUGUUACUAUUGAUGAAGAGAGUCCAAAUGGUACAGUUCUGGUGGAGAACAUGCAGAUUAACGGUCGAGCGCAGGACCCGGGCCGGACCAUAUCUCUUACUUUACUAGGGAACUAUGACUAUUGGGUUAUACUGGACCCUAUCCUCCAGAGACUCUACCUCAACAGCACUGGAAGAGUACUGGACCGAGACCCCCCCAGAUACAUUACCACUAUAGUGGUUCAGGUUCAGUGCAUUAAUGAGCUGGUGGGCACCGUUAUUCUGCAUGAGGUGCGCAUUGUUGUACGCGACAGGAACGACAACACACCGCAGUUCCAGCAGCCUCGCUAUUACGUGGCAGUAAAUGAGCUCACUCCCGUCGGCACCACCAUCUUCACUGGUUUCUCUGGAAACAACGGUGCCACUGACAUCGACGAUGGACCAAACGGGCAAAUUGAAUAUGGCAUCCAGUACAACCCGAAUGACCCGCUGUCAAACAGGACUGUUCAGGUGGCUAGCACACUGUCUGGUAAUAUUGUCCUUGCUGAGAGACUGAACUAUGAAGAAAGGACGCGCUACCUAAUCAUAGUCCAGGCCAAUGAUCGUGCUCCAUAUCCAGCCAGCCGGCACACUGCUACUACAACGCUGACUCUGGAUGUAUUAGACGGAGAUGACCUGGGUCCCAUGUUCCUGCCCUGCGUUCUGGUCAAUAACACGCGGGACUGCAGCCCUGUCAUAUAUCAUGCCGUCAUUCCUGAACUCAUAGACCCGAGCAAAUUGAAUCCCCUAAAUGUGUCACCACCCAUCCGAGCGGUGGAUCAGGACAGAAACAUUCAGCCUCCAUCAGACAGACCUGGCAUUCUCUACUUCAUUCUGGUUGGCCAGCCAGCAGUCUACCCAGAGUUCUUUUCUUUGAACAGGACCACAGCAGAGCUCCGCCUUCUAAGGCCAGUUAGGAGGGACCUGUACCAAAGCUUCAACCUUGUCAUCAAGGCCGAGCAGGAUAACGGUCACCCUCUGCCUGCAUUUGCCGACCUGCGGAUAGAGGUGUUGGAUGAAAACAACCAGGCUCCGUACUUCCAACAGCCCUCCUACCAGGGCUUCAUCAGUGAGUCAGCCCCUGUGGGUGGCACCGUGUCAGGCAGAACCAACCUCACAGCACCGCUGGCCAUCAUAGCCCUUGAUAAUGACAUAGAGGAGAAUAAAGACCCACAGGUGAAGAUAACACUGAGUGACUACAACACUGUUUUCUCCAUCACCCCUACUGGAAUAACACGUUAUCUUCUGCUGCUCAGACCUGUGGACAGAGAGAUGCAGACGAACUACACCUUCACGAUGGUGGCAUCUGAUGGCGUACAGCAGAGCGUGCCUGUAACGGUGAACAUCCUAGUUAUUGAUGCUAACGACAACACACCCACCUUCUCUCAGGUCUCCUACAACAUCGAGGUGUUCACUAACAUGCAGGCCGGAGAGACUGUAAUACAGUUAACUGCUCAGGAUUCUGACGAGGGUCUGAAUGGUCUGGUGACCUACACCAUCUUGGCAGGAGAUCAGGGACAUUUUGUCAUCAGUAACCGUACAGGUCGAAUCACCAUAGCUCCGGGAGUGAAUCUGAGCGUGGGUCGCUCCUACGCCCUAACUGUCAGAGCAGCUGAUAAUGCACCCGAGGCUGAAAGGAGGAGUUCCAUAGCUACAGUUUAUAUUGAGGUUCUACCUCCUAACAACCAGAGUCCUCCACGCUUUCCACUGACAGUUUACAACCUAGAGAUCAGUGAGGCCAUGAGGAUAGGAGCCAUCCUCCUCAAUCUGCAGGCGAUAGACCGUGAGCUAGAUCCAAUUACAUACCGUAUUCUGAGUGGCGAUCCACAGCAGAUGUUCAACCUUUCUCAAACUAUAGGCCUACUGUUCUUAGCAAAGGCAUUGGACAGAGAGACCAUUGACCAGUACCGGCUCAUCGUGACGGCCUCCGAUGGACAUCCCGGAGGGACAUCCACUGCUACUGUCAGUGUUGUGGUCACAGAUGUGAACGACAGUGACCCGACCUUUGACCUCACCUUGCCUAGGAAUUUGACUGUACAGGAGGAGAGGGCCAAUUUGUCUGUGGGUCAAGUUCGGGCCUCAGAUCCAGAUGCUGGGCUGAAUGGUCUUGUGCGUUAUCGGCUCCUCACCCACACAUCUCUCUUCAGCAUUAACGCUAACGGCAGCAUAUUCACAGCUGUGCCUCUGGAUCGGGAAACUCAGAGUCAGUACGAGGUGGUGGUGGAAGCUUCGGACGGGGCAGUGGACCCUCGACGCACAACCCUCACACUGCUGGUGCGAGUGUCAGACAUCAAUGAUAACAGCCCUGUCUUUUCCCAGCCAUUUUACGUUGUCAAUGUACCUGAGAACACUCCAGCCGGAACCGUCAUCCUUCGCCUUAAUGCUACAGAUGAAGAUCUCAUCUCUAAUAUAACAUAUACUAUAAGGACAGAGGCAGCACGUCAGCUGUUUGCAGUAGACAGGAUCACUGGAGCUCUGUCAGUGCUGCAGUCUCUGGACUUUGAGGCUCUUGGUCGAGAUGGUGCUAACUACACAUUCCAGGUGGAGGCUCUGGAUUAUGAAGGUGUCCUGCCCCCUGGAAUAGCUACAGUUACAGUGAGGAUAACGGAUGUGAAUGAUUAUACUCCAGUCUUUGUUCGGCCUCUUUAUAAAGGCAUGGUGGCUCCUAAUGCUGAGAAGGGAACGUUAAUCACAACAGUAUUCGCAACUGAUCAAGACCCUCCCGGGACACCAGCCAGCAGGGUGCGGUACAGAGUGGAUCAGGAGCAGUCUCCCUACAGCGGCAGAAUUUUUGAUGUAGAUGAUACCUCAGGCAGAGUCAUCACUAAAGUGAACCUGAAUGAGGAGCCCAGCACUACUUUUAGACUGAUAGUGAUCGCUUUUGACGAGGGUGAGCCAGUGAAGAUGAAUACAACACUAGUGGAGAUCACCGUCUUGCAGCCCUCCAGAAUACCUAUCUUUACAGAGGAGGAGUACUGGUUCAGCCCGGUGAGUGAGAACGCUCCGAUCGGCCAGGCUGUAGGAAUGGUUCUUGCAGCAGCUGCAAAUACCACCGUGUUCUACUCCAUCGUGGGAGGCAAUCAGGGAGGUGAGUUUAGAGUGGAUAACCGCACUGGAAUGAUUUACACCGCAAAGCUGCUAGACUAUGAGACGCGCAUCAGCUAUGAGCUCCGUCUGCAGGCCGACUCUCUGGUCCUCGUUUUGGCCAACCUGCGCGUGCCUUCCAAAACAAACACAGCCAAGGUGUUUAUCAACGUGCAGGAUGAGAACGAUCAUCCUCCAAUGUUCACCGAGUCCUUGUACAUUGGCGGAGUAACCGAGGACACUAAGACCUUCACAUCAGUCCUGAAGAUUAUUGCUACAGACAUUGACACAGGGAACUACAGUAAGAUGGCAUACAGGCUGAUCAUUCCCCCUACUCCAGAGGGUCAGGACAGCUUUGUCAUCGAGCAAUACACUGGUUUCAUCAAAAGUGCCAUCAUGUAUCGCAACAUGCGCCGCUCGUACUUCAAAUUCGAGGUCAUCGCUACUGAUGACUAUGGAAAAGGUCUGAGCAACAGCGCUGGGGUGGUGGUGUCUGUGGUGAAUGCAUUGGACAUGCAGGUAGUGGUGUCCAAUGUGCCGCCUACCGUUGUGGAAGAGAACAAAGAGCAGCUUGUCAGGAUUCUUGAGCGCUAUGUGCAGGACCAAAUCCCUGGAGCUAAAGUGAUAGUGGAAUCCAUCGGACCACGCCGGCAUGGGGAAGGCUAUUCAUUAGAGGACUACAGCAAAUCAGACUUGCAGGUGUACGCCAUCGACCCUCUCACAAACAGGGCCAUAUCCCGACAAGAGCUCUUCAAGUUUCUGGAUGGUAAGAUUCUAGACAUUAAUAAAGAGUUCCAGCCAUAUCUGGGUGAAGGUGGGAGGAUUUUGGAAAUCCGCUCGCCAGACAUUGUGGCUACGGUGAAGAAAGCUGCUCAGGCUGUGGGCUACACAGAGGGAGCGCUACUCGCCCUUGCCAUCAUCAUCAUCCUUUGCUGCAUCCCAGCCAUCCUCAUCAUCAUGAUCACCUACAAACAAUUCAAAGAGAAACAGGCCGAGUGUGCCAAAACCGCCCGCAUCCAGAGGUCACUUGCUACUUCAAAAUCAGCUGCUGCUCCGGUUCCAGUUUCAGCUCCAGCUUCAGCUCCAUCCAAUCUCUAUGAGGAGCUUGGAGAUGGCAAAAUGCAGAAAGGAUCUGGAUCUCUACAACAGCAGCUGCUGAGGCCAUCUUUGCUCAGGCCCGAGGCACUCUCUAUGGAAUCGGGUAUUGACCCCGGGCAGGACUACUAUGCACAAGACUAUUACAGCUAUGAUCAAGGGUAUGAUCCGUAUCCUCCUUAUGGGAGCCGCAGGAGGUUGAUAUCUCCCAUGUACGAUGAGUACGGAGAGGCCAUAAUGGACGAUGAUGGCUACUACUACAGUGCCUAUGGACCAGAGGCUGUCAGAAAGAAGCAGAUGAAGUUAAUUGUAGAGAAAGAGGGUGAGUCAACGACUACAGGAGAGGACAGCGGUCCAGACAUCCAGCGGAAUCGUCUGCCUAAUGUUAACUGUCAAAGCAACGUCAAUGGUUCAGUGUACCUGGCACAGAAUGGCACGAUCAUUAGAACCCGACGGCCACCUUAUCCUAAUAACAUAAAACAUUUUUCACCUGGGCGGCUAGGAAAACAGUUCAAGAAACUGGACAAGUUAGAAGUCACGCAGGAGGAACAUUUGCCUUUAAAUAGUACAGUGGGUAAUGGACCUGCCAAAGGAACCACAGCCACACUUUCAUCAACGACUAACAACAACCUCGAUACCAGGCCCUUAACCUGGUCCAUAGGGUCUAGUAUGGGGCCAAAGUCCAACAUCGUUAAAGCGCAUUUGGACCAGCAGGGGUGCUGUCAGCAGGAACAGGAGUCCAGAGUGGACAAUGAGGAAGUCAAAGAGACCCUUGAGUCUCCAAGUGAUCAUACACUGUCAGAUGAGGAGGAGUUGUGGAUGGGCCCCUGGAACAACCUUCACAUACCAAUGACAAAACUCUGAUGUCUCUGAUGUCUGUUUUAUUUCUUCUACUUUUGUUGAAUUAUUGAUUUGUUUUUAUUUCUCAUUUCUCAGACUGGUUUCAACCAUCAUUUUAUAUAUGCAUAUCAAUAACCAAGAUAUAUAUACAGGUGCAUCUCAAAAAAUUUUUAAUAUAAUAGAAAAUUUUUUUUUUUUUUUUGGCAUUUUAAGUCAAAAAGUGGAACUUUCAUAUAUUCUAGAUUCAUUACACAUAAAGUGAAAUAUUUCAAGCCUUUUUUGUUUUAAUCUUACAGCUCAUGGAAAUCAAAAAUCCAGUAUCUCAAAAUAUUCGCAUAAAGAAUUUAUAAUACAGAAAUGUCGCCCUGAGAAUAGGUCUAAUCACCUAAUUAACUCAAAACACCUGCAAAGGUUUCCUGAGCCUUUAAUCUUUCAGUCUGGUUCAGUACACACAACAACAAUCAUGGGGAAGAUGAAAGUAAAUUUUGCAUUUCAUUUGGAAAUCAAGGUCCCAGAGUCUGGAGGAAGAGUAGAGAGGCACAGAAUCCAAGCUGUUUGAAAUCCAGUGUGGAGUUUUCUGAAGUCGAGAGUCAAUGCAGCGUCUAACAGGAGAUUUUAGAGCACUUCAUACUUCUAUCUGCUGACAAGCUUUAUGGAGAUGCGGAUUUCCUUUUCCAGCAGGACUGGAUUAGUAACUGCUUUGCUGACCAUGGUAUUACUGUGCUUGAUUGGCCAGCUAACUCACCUGACCUGAACCCCAUAGAGGAUAUAUGAGAGACACCAGACCCAACAAUACAGAUGAGCUGAAGGGCUCUAUCAAAGUAACCUGGGCUUUCAUAACACCUCAACAGUGCCACAGGCUGAUUGCCUCCAUGCCACGCUGCAUUGAUGUAGUAAUUCGUGCAAAAGGAGCCCCAACCAAGUAAAUUAACAUACUUUUCAGAAGGUUGACAUUUCUGUAUUAUAAAUCUUUAUUCUAAUAUUUUGAUUUCCAUGAGCUGUAAGCCGUAAUCAUCAAUAUUAAAACAAACAACAACAACAAAAGGCUUGAAAUAUUUAACUUUGUGUAAUGAAUCUAGAAUAUUAGAAAGUUCCACUUUUUGGAAAAAAAAAAGAAAAAAUAAACUUUUCAACAAUAUUAAUUUUUUAUUAGAUGCAACUGUAUAUACACUGUAUUACAUCUGAUAUGUUAGUGUUAAGUAAAUGGUUGGUUGUUUUGGCAGAGAGAACUGUUCCUCCUAAUUCAAAAUCAUUGAUUAAAAGCAGUCCCAGUGACAAAAAGAAUUAUUGGCAUAGUAUAUUUAUUAUAUUAUUUUUAAUACACAAUGAUUGUUAUAAGAACAUUAUGUAGCCAGUUAAAGAUUUUCAGGUAUUGUUUUUUUUAUGUGCGUCAUUGAAAAGUUUAUAGAAUUUUUCAAGUACCUCAAAUGUCUCAGAUAGAUAACUGUUCAUUUAAAACAUUUUUGGAAAUUUUCUAAACACACACACACACACACACACACACACACACACACACACACACACACACACACACACACACACACACACACAAAGAGAGA